AGGACAGUGUGCCGUGUGAUCUCUCCAAAUCGUUUGAUGAAUGACAUCCAGUCUUCUGCUCGCGGACCGGCCGAGGGCCUACACAGCAGGCACCUCCGUGGACAUGCCGUGGGCAGGUUCGGACCUCCGUCGGACGCCGCGUCCCAGCCUGUGGAUGCUCGCUGAAGGCUUCAAGACGGAGGGGGUGGUGGAGCAUCGAGGAAAAAACAGGGGCAAUAUGAGAGAGCGGGACUUCAUGCCCAAUAUGGAGAGGGGCAAACCCGCUACUUAUACAGGGGACAAAAAGGCUAAGAUGGCUGCUAAGACCAACAAGAAGUGGGUGAGACUCGCCACGGUCUUUGCUUAUGUUUUGUCCGUGUCCUUAGCGGCCAUCAUCCUGGCUAUUUAUUACAGCCUCAUCUGGAAGCCCACCAGCGCAUCCUCCGCUGGAAAACCGGGCACGCCGGAAGGGGUCACGGCCAUGCCGGCGAACAUCAGCGCUAACGCGUCCGAGUGGAACUCCACGCAGUUGGCGGUCAACCGCACGGCGAGGCAGGGCUCGACCCCGCACUCCGCUGCUUUUCACUGGGAUCACGCGCAGGGGAGCGACGAUACGGCGGAUGGACUUUACGCGCCAGCCCGCGCAGCCACGCAGAGAUCGCGAAGUGUGGACCGGGAGACGCGAGUGGAGGAGGAGGAGCAGGACAAUGAUGAGGAUGAGGCGAUUAGACCAGGACGUAGAGCGGAACAGGACCAGGAUCAGAUCGCUUCUGAUGCCACCACCUUGCCGCCCAGCGGGAUCUGAGUGACUGGGCCUCCCUGUGCCCCCCUAACCUUGCCUCCCUGGAAAAGUCCCCCACGCCCAUAUGAAGGUCUUGUGUUUGACAGACAGCCGCUGGUCGGACACCUGGAACACACCUCAUUUGCAAAAAUCCUCUCCAGGAUUCUGAGCUUCACUUCGGACCUGUGACCCACGACUGAUAUGUGAGGAGACCCCCACCUCAAUCAAAGAACACCCAACUAUGCUGUUUUUUUUUUUUUUCCUUUUCUUUGUCAUUUUAGGCCAUUUGUAUGCCUUAAACCCAUGUUGAAGUGUUUCAAGGGCCUCCCCGUAUUUGGAUUGACAACGCUCUGAGCCUGUUUUGCUGAAAGAAUUGGACGGGCGUCGUUUUAGGUUUGGACACGCUUACCAUCAUUUCUACUCGUGAACACUGACUUGUUGCAUUAUGACAUGUAGGCUGUAUUUACUUUCAUGGAACGAGCCUGGAUUUCAAGUAGACAAACUUAGAUUAUUGAGUUAUGCUCAGGUAUGUGCAUAUAACUAUGUAUAUGUAUUGUGCUACUGGUUAUGUAUAUAUAUAGAAGCGGGCAUACAUCUUUUUUGGCCUUGAUAAGCUUAGUGUAAUUAGCGGAUUUUUAUUAAAGGUACCUUAUGUACAACAGGUAUAACUAUAUCCCAAAUAUACAAAUAAACA